AUUAGUUUAGUCUUGACCCUCAGGCCUGUUCUCAGUCCCUGGACUGUAUCUGACGAUGACAAGAAUGCCACCUUGUGACUGGGGAGAGGCACUCAAGACAUGGGGCUGUAAGGAUCCGAAGUUCACGAAUACUUGGCUACUAGAGAAACAGUGUUACCUGCUGUUGGGGAGCCUGGUACUGGGAGGGCUCCUCCUCCUGCUUGUCAUCAUCCUGUUCGCCUGCCUGUGCCGGUUCUAUCAGAGAGUGAAGAGACUAGAAAGAAACGCCCAGGUCUCGGGGCAGGAGCUCCACUACGCCUCUCUCCAGAAGCUGCCCGCAUCCAGCAGUGAUAUGGAAGGCAGAGGAGAAGGUGAAGGCGUAAAAGAAGACGCCAGCACUGACUAUGCCUGCAUCGUCUUAAACAAACCCAAUUGAGCGCCCCCAAAAGCCUCCCUCGCCCUGGCCGAGUCCCGUUUCCUGUUCCGACGCCCAGGCCUAGCACCUCCACUCUGCACACGUAGAUUCUGGCGUCAUGGCUUUGGAUGUCC